AUGGUUUCCAAACUUUCCAUCGUCGCCACCCUCCUCACUCUCACCACCACCGUGCUUGGCGCCACUCCAACCCCCUACCCAGUGAUCUCCUACUCCAUCUCGACCGAACCCGGCUGCCCGGAAGUCUACGACACGAUCAGCAACAACCAGUGCUUGAAGUACGGGGACAUACCCUUCCACUCGAUCAAGUUCAAUGAAGCCACAGACCCGGACUGCUACGUUGCCGCCUGGCACGGGCACGUCUGCGACGAGUAUGUGGUUGGCAACUACACGGGCAACAAGGGGGACUGUGUCUCGUUCGAGGAUGGGGCUUCGAGCUUUGAGUAUGUCUGUAAAUGA